UUUCUCCAACGAAGUCUUAUAUUUUACCAUUCUGCGUGUAUUAUAAAGCUAAAUGUAAACAGCAACAAUAAGAAAUCUCUCCCAGUUGAUCCCUUGAGCUUUUCGGGAAAAUGCAGAUUUCUGGCUGACAGGAAGAGGAAACAGCAUCCAAUCGGCACUUGUGUCUCAAUGACCAAUCAAAUUUCGCCUUACAUUGCAUCGCUGGGAGAAACGGAGCUGGACGACUCCGUCUCUCCGCCUGUGGCUGCUGCUGUUACCUGGAUGGGCGAGCACCUCUGAGGCUCUUUGUUACCUGGGCAAUAAGGGACUAGCAGUUCAGCCCUUCUCUGUGCCUGCUGGAUUGUUUGUAUUUGUUCCCAGCCUCUGCUCAUGUAAUGCACUCCCUUAACCAGGAAAUUAAAGCAUUCUCCCGGAAUAAUCUCAGGAAGCAAUGCACCAGGGUGACAACGCUAACUGGAAAGAAAAUUAUAGAAACAUGGAAAGAUGCCAGAAUUCAUGUUGUGGAAGAAGUAGAGCCGAGCAGUGGGGGUGGUUGUGGUUAUGUGCAGGACCUUAGCUCGGACCUGCAGGUUGGCGUUAUUAAGCCAUGGUUGCUCCUAGGGUCACAAGACGCUGCUCAUGAUUUGGAUACACUGAAAAAGAACAAGGUGACUCAUAUUCUUAAUGUUGCAUAUGGAGUUGAAAAUGCUUUCCUCAGUGACUUUACAUAUAAGAGCAUUUCUAUAUUGGAUCUGCCUGAAACCAACAUCCUGUCUUAUUUUCCAGAAUGUUUUGAAUUUAUUGAAGAAGCAAAAAGAAAGGAUGGAGUGGUUCUUGUUCAUUGUAAUGCAGGAGUUUCCAGGGCUGCUGCAAUUGUAAUAGGCUUCCUGAUGAAUUCUGAACAAACCUCAUUUACCAGUGCUUUUUCUUUGGUGAAAAAUGCAAGACCUUCCAUAUGUCCAAAUUCUGGCUUCAUGGAGCAGCUUCGUACAUAUCAAGAGGGCAAAGAAAGCAAUAAGUGUGACAGAAUAAAGGAGAACAGUUCUUGAGUUGCCUUAUAGCAGACAAUGGACAACUGUAGUUUCUGAACUGGCUUCUAUAGCCAUCUUUUCCCUUCUUUGGAGAGUAGCAAAACUCCCUUUUUUCUCUUGCCUUUUUUAUGCAUAAAUGGAGGUCAAUUUGAAUGUCCUGACCUACUGUAUAAGUAAAUUUCAAAUGUCAUUACUUUCUCUUUGUUAUUAUAAUGUGUGGUUAAAUGCUUUUUUAAAUUGCUAAGGGAAAACAA